UGCUGUGAAGUCUUGAGUUGCAUUGGGGAAAGUGAAAGCACCGCUCAGCGAAAUAUUUUCCUCAACAUAAGCCGUGAACACUAAGAAGUUUAUUUGAGAUACAGUGCGUUUGAAGUUGACUUGGCCUUCAAAGAAAUGUUUAGACAAACGUAACGCAGUCAGAAGUAAAUCAAAACAAUUGCGUAUCUUUCGACCUUAAUUCGAAGGUUGUUCCUGAGUUUGUGACGGCAAAUGCGUGCGAAGCUUUGGAAACUUGUUUUAAUCUUCAUUGCAUGUUCAGCUGCUGGUUUCUCUAGCGCAAGUGAGGAUGGGCGUCGAAAUGGGACGUUUGCGAACGCAACCAUAUCCACCAACAGCAUUGCAAGUCCUCCGGAGCCGACGAAGAGCGUGGAAACUAAUGACGCUGAAAUUAUCUUGGCACGGAUAUUGAAUCAGAUUCAGAACAAAUCUGACAACAGACUGAGACCCAAAAUAGGCCGAGAACCAAUCACAGUCUCUACGGAUAUGUUUGUUUUAGACAUUGGAUACAUAAGUGAGGCAAACAUGGAAUUUCGAACGAGCUUCUUCCUGCGAAUGUACUGGAAAGACGAAAGACUAGCUUACAAUAACACGGGAUACAAAAAGAGGCUGGCCUUGAAUGCCAAAAUGGUUCAGCACAUGUGGAUACCUGACAUAUAUUUUGUUAAUGAGAAAUCUGGGAUCAAGCACGAUCUCACCAAGGAAAACGAAGUGGUUCGACUGUGGCCAGAUGGAGAGGUCUUUCAUAGCAUGAGAUUGUCGAUGACAGCAUCCUGCCCUAUGCGUCUCCACAACUAUCCACUGGACAAACAAGUUUGCAGGCUGGCGUUUGAAAGUUUCAGUUACGAAAACACUGAACUAUUGUUUCAAUGGAAAAAGGAGAAAGGUAACAAAGAAGUUGCUGUUCAGAAUGAAUUAGAAAUACCCCAGUUCAUUCUCACGGAUUACUGGACUAAUUCUACCACUGCUAACUUCACCUCAGGUGCCUAUUCCCGACUUAUAGUGUGGUUCCAGUUCGAGCGCAGCAUCGGCUUUUUCUUGAUCCAGACCUACAUUCCAGCGUAUCUGAUUGUUAUGCUCAGUUGGAUCGCCUUCUGGAUCAGUCACAACUCGACUCCAGCGCGCAUAGCUCUUGGGAUUACAACAGUCCUCACCAUGACAACGCUUACCAACAGCGCCCGUGCCUCUCUCCCUAAAGUGUCAUACGUUAAGUCCAUUGAAUGGUUUCUGAUUCUGUGUUUCCUCUACGUGUUUGCGUCCCUGGUGGAAUAUGCCUGUGUGUCUUUUGAGAUAAACAAAAAAAUCAAGAAAGGCAUGAAGAUUCCAGUGGUUCAGACGGAGUCAGACGAUGGAAAGGAUCCAGAAAAGAAAGACCUUGUUGACGUUAUGGACGGAAAUUUGGAGGCAAAUGGACAUACGAAGACCAGAAGACGAAACAAAUUUAGCUUUUAUGGCAGAAGAAUGACCGAGAAACGGCUCGUGCAGUAUCGCCCCUACACAGACAAGGAGAUCGAGAAGUUGGUGUCGCAAGUGGAUAAUUGGUCUCGCGUAGGGUUUCCUCUCUCUUUUGUGUUGUUAAAUAUCAUAUAUUGGGCGUUAACCAUAAAGUUUGCUUAAAGUAAAAAUGGUUUCCUUAGCGGGUGAGCUAAUGGCUAUGAGAAACGCUGGCUUGAAAAGAUUGUCGUUAGCAGCCCUCAAACAAAUCAAAGUAUCAACUUGCCUGAUACAAAAUAUAGGCCAGCCUAGCAUGUAAUUCAAUAUUAUUAUGGCUAACAUUGUGAAGAUCGUUUCCGAUGAGGUUUCGAUGAGGUAGUUUUUAAAGGAUAUCCCGGGUUCUUGUAAGUUAAUAAACAAUGAAAUUAAAGAAACGACGAUAGUAACAAU